AUGCAGAGCCAUCCAAGGAAGGUUAAAACCUCUACUAGCAGCUCAUGGACUGAUACACUAAUUUUGUGGUGUUGUAGCACCGCCACCUCCUCGUCACAGCCACCACCCCUAACCUUGUUGUCGAUUCCUGCCAUGGAGCCAUUGGAUUAUGUUGCCCUCUUCGCUCUCAUUUCCUUCAUGGUCAUCCUCCUUCCCCUUAUAUCAUUCGGCAAAAUUAUAGCACCAAAGUCGCACAAGGGAGCCAAGAUCCUCGUUGCAGUGCGAACUAGGGAAGGAGAGAGUUGGGCACGACAUGCGAGGGCCACAUGUUCAUCCUAA